AUGUCUGUGCCCCAAAUCCAAAUAGAAGAGGCUCUGGACAGCAUGGAUGCUGGCUCUGGGGGGGUUCCUCCUCCAGAUGAUCACCUGAGAACUCUCAAGGCAUUGACAGAGAAGCUGAGACUGGAGACCAGGCGCCCUUCCUACUUGGAAUGGAAGGCAAAGCUGGAGGAGCAGGCUUGGAAGAGCCCCCAGCCUGAGGAAGAUGGGGAGGACGAGGCCACCAAGGCCAAAAAGACCCCAGGGGAGACUGUCCCCAUGAGGAAGGUGCAGCUGCACCUCAAUGGGAGCCCUGCCCAGGACAAGGGGACUGUCAGCUCCGGGAGGAUAGGUGGCUUUGAGAGCAUUGAUGAAGCUCUGACGUGGCUCAGGAAGGAGCUGGCAGAGAUGCGCCUGCAGGACCAGCAGCUGGCCAGGCAGCUGAUGAGGCUGCGAAGCGACAUCAACAAGCUGAAGAUCGAGCAGACGUGCCACCUGCACCAGCGCAUGCUCAACGAUGCCACCUACGAGCUGGAGGAGAGGGAUGAGCUCGCUGACCUCUUCUGUGACUUCCCCCUCGUGAGCUCCUUCAGCCUCUCCACUCCCCUCAAGCUCAUCGGGGUCACCAAGAUGAACAUCAACUCCCGCCGGUUCUCGCUGUGCUGA